AUGGAGAUCCUCACCGCCAUUAUUCCUACAAUAAUCGAGUACACGGUUAAACCAAUUGGGCGACAAGUGGGUUAUCUAAUUAACUACAAAAGCAACCUAGAAAGUCUGAGGAGUCAAUUGAAGAACUUAGAUGCUGCCAAAGACCGGAUGAAGCAUAGGGUUGAUGAAGUUGAAAGAAAUGGUAAAGGAGUAGAAACUGAUGUCCAGAACUGGAGACAAGAAGCAGAUGAGAUGAUUGAAGAGGCAAAUGCAAUUGUUGAAAAAGAAGGCCGAGCAAAUACAAAGUGUUUCCGUGGACAGGAAAUCAGCAAAAUUGGCAAAAAGAUUGAACUACAUGCAAAAACAGAGUUUCGCAGUGUUUCUUACGAAGCUCCAGUAGAAGAUAUAUGUGCCAUACCCUCUCAAGAAUACAUGGCCUUUGAAUCAAGGACUUCAAUGCUGAAGGAAAUCAUGGAGGAACUGAAAAAUCCUGAUACCAACAGGAUUGGGGUGUACGGAUUGGGGGGUGUUGGAAAGACAACACUCGCCAAAGAAGUAUUCAGAGAAGCUAAUAAAGAAAAUGGAGGAACCUCAAAGUACGGCAGUAAGGGCAAACUUUUUAUGGCGCAGGAUAAAAGACAAGAAGACUCUUGUAAUUUAGAUGAUGUUUCGAGAAGAAUUGAUUUGGAGGCUGUGGGACUUGUCCAUGUCCGGACUUGUAAUUUAUUGUUGACAUCUAGAGAUAAGAAAGUUUUAUUUUCUGAGAUGGGUACGCAAAAAAAUUUUCCCCUUGACCUUUUAUGCGAACAAGAAAGUCUGAGUUUGUUUGAGAAGAAGGCAGGUGCUGUUAUUAAAGAUGACCGUAUAGAGGGAGUAGCAAACGAAUUGGCAAAAAAAUGCGGAGGUUUGCCUAUUUUAGUUGUUGCAGUUGCAAGCGGUUUAAGAGAGAGUUCUUUAGAGGAAUGGAAAGAUACCUUGAGGCGCUUCAAAAGUUUCGAGAAAAAAGGAUUGGCAGAAAUAGCAUUCUUGAUAAUAGAGUGGAGUUACAAUCAAUUGGAUAGCGAGGAGCUUAAGCGGUUGUUCUUGCUCUGUGGAAUAAUGGCUGAAAGUAACUAUGCUUCUUUUCUCUCUGACUUGUUGAAAUAUUCUAUAGGUUUGGGUCUGGUUGAAAAUGUUCGCACGGUGGAAGAGGCACGGAAUGCAUUGCAUUCGUUGGUUAAAAAACUUAAAAAUUCUUGCCUGUUGCUUGAUGGUUAUGACGAUGGAAGGGUUAGAAUGCAUGAUGUUGUACGAGAUGUUGCUGUCCAAAUUGCAUCUAGAGAUCGACAUGUCCUAUCAAGAGCUUAUACAGAGUUGGAUGGAAGUCCAAGUAAAGACUGCUCUCAAAUCUCUCUCCGAUACUGUACUAUCCCCAAGCUUCCCGAUGUACCUUGGGAAUGCCCUGAACUGGAAUUUUUUUAUUUGGGGAGUAGUGACAACUCGCUUGAAAUCCCUAGCAACUUUUUUGAAGAGAUGAAGGAACUCAGAGUGUUAGAUUUAACAGGGCUUCAUUUCCGAUCACUGCCUCCAUCUCUUCAAUCCCUAACAAAUCUUCAAACUUUGUGUUUAGAUGGUUGCGUGUUGGGGGACAUAGCUCUAGUUGGACAGCUAACAAACUUGAAAAUUCUUAGCCUUAUACAGUCCCAGGUGAAAGAGUUGCCCAAAGAAAUAGGGCAAUUGACUCGUCUACAAUUGUUGGAUUUGACUUGUUGCUCUGAACUUGUAGUGAUCCCGGCUGGGGUUAUAUCAAGCUUGACAAGUCUAGAAGACUUGAGAAUGGGAAGCUUUAAGGAAUGGAAAGGAGGUUUAAAUGAUGGAAGAAGUAAUGCGAGCGUGUCAGAGCUGAAACAAUUGCGUCAACUAACUGCAUUACAUAUACAUAUUCCAGAUGCUAAGCUUCUUCCAGCAAACAUGUUCUCGGAUACGAAGUUAGAAAGAUACACCAUACUUAUUGGUGAUUGUUGGCAAUAUCCUGGAAUUGACGAAACGUCCUCUAACAUGUUAAAACUCAAGCUCAUUACGGUCAGUCAAUUCGACCAAGGUAUAAAAUUGCUGCUAAAGAGAUGUGAAGAUUUGGAAUUGGAUGGGAUGGAGGCUGCAAAUAUUAUUUCCCAUAUAUUAGCAAGUGGUAAACAACUGAAGAAUCUCCAUGUCCAAAACAACGAUGCUGUUACAGCUGUCAUUAACUCGAGUCAUGCCUUCCCCAACUUGGAGUCACUAUCUCUUUACAACCUUGUUAAUUUGGAAACUGUAUGUUGUGGCCAACUCAUAGCUCAGCCUUUUCAAAAGUUACGAUCUUUGACUUUGCGGAAUCUGCCAAAGCUUAUUGGUUUCUCCUCCAAAGGCAGCACGUCAGUUGUAAGUACAGAGGCCGAAGAAAUCAUUUUGGAGAAUGAAAUUGGUGGACCCUCGAAACUUUUCAUGGAUGGAGAGGUUCUGAUACCCAACUUAACACGCUUGAUCUUGCAUCAAUGUGAUGGUUUAAGAUUCUUGUUUUCAUGUUCCAUGGCUAGACGUCUUGAGCAACUCAAACAUCUUGAGAUAUCCACAUGCCAAAUGAUGGAAGAAAUAGUAUCAACAAGUGGAUACAAUCAAGAACAUAGAGAUAACAUGUUUUGCAAUCUAAAAUCUCUAAAUCUGCAACAUCUUCCAAGCCUCACUAGAUUCUACUCCGGAAGUUAUAUUGAAUUUUCAUUAUUGGAGACAUUGCAUAUUGAGGAUUGUCCUAGACUGGGGACAUUCAUCUUUGAUAGAAAGAGUGAAAUUACUUCAAUAGGCAAAGAAAAUGACGAUAUGAACUCCAAGGAGAAUCUUGAGACUGUUAUACCACGCUUUCUUUUUGAUGAAAAGGUAGGAUUUCCUAGCUUGGAGAGGUUGAUCAUCUAUGACCUACCUAAGUUGAGGACUGUAUGGCACUGCCAACUUGCUCCAGACUCUUUUCGAAAGCUCAAAGAAGUGGUAGUUUUGAGAUGCCAGGGUCUAAUAAAUAUCUUUAUGCCAAGUAUGAUGGGAAGAUUGAAUGCUCUAGGCACAUUAGUGAUAAAGCAAUGCAAAUCACUACAAGUAGUUUUUGACAUGGGAGUAGUACUUGGCGUUAAAGAAGCAUACGGCACAUCAUCAACCACUCAGUUGAAAACUUUUGGGUGCCCAAAUCUGGAUUAUGUAGAAAUAAAUUCGUGUGAGAGUCUGAAAAAUAUCUUUCCAGUCUCAGUGGCUAAAGGUCUUCAGCAGCUAAGCGAGCUGUACGUGGUGAAUUGUGGAAUAUUGGAAGAAAUUGUUGCCAAGGACGGACUAGAAAUGACACCUGAGUUUGUGUUCUCUAAAGUAACAUUUGUGUUCUCUAAAGUAACACUUGUGCAAUUGCAACUUCUACCCCAGCUGAGGAGUUUCUAUUCGGGGCUACAUGUUUCCAAGUGGCCAUUACUCAAAUCAUUGAUAGUCUGUGAAUGUGGUAAAGUGGAGAUUCUUGCUUCCGAAUAUUCAAGAUUCCAAGAAAGACUUGAUUCGGGUACACCAAUCAAACAACCUUUUUUGUUAGUUGACAAGGGUAAUCCAUUCCCCAACUUGGAAGUAUUGGGCUUGGACAAGAACGCAGAGAUUUGGUAUGAAGCACAUAGUCCACUCCCAGCAAAGUUGUUUAUCAAUCUAAAAGAGUUUGCAUUUUCUUGUGCACACCCCCAGUCAUUUCAUUUCCUUGAGAAAUUACAUAAUCUUGAAAAGCUCGUUGUUUAUAAUGGUCCUUGGAAAGAAAUAUUUGUGUAUGAAGGAACUAGUAGCAGGGAAAUAGAUGCAGUUGGGAGGACCCUCCCGCACAUAAAGAUUUUGUAUCUCAACCAAAUGAAGGAGCUGAUGCAUCUAGGGAUUGGGAAUGACAACUCUGAAUCAGUUUUUCCAAACUUGGAAAUUCUAAAUGUGAACAAUUGUGGCAGAUUAAAGAAUCUAACUUCAUCCAUAAUAUCAUUUCGGAAUCUAACCACUUUACACGUAGCAAAUUGUGAGGGACUAAAAUACUUAACAACUUAUUCGGUGGCUAAAUGUUUACACAAACUCAAGAGCUUGGAAGUUGAGAAUUGUGAAAGCAUGAUAGAGAUAGUGGCAAGCAACGAAGAUGAAGAAGAUUCAAGAAAUUAUUAUGAGAUUGCUUUCAGCUGCUUGCAACAUUUGAAACUUUAUUAUCUACCAAGUCUGCGAGGCUGUUGCUCAUCAGGAAAUUGCACUGUUAGAGUCCCAUCCUUAAACUCUUUAAUUGUCAAGGAAUGCCUGAUUGAGUUGGAGAUUUCCCCUGAUGGGUCACUGAGUCAAAGUGGUUCAAGACCAGAAAGACAACAAAUAAUAGAGGAAGUGGAAGAAAAAGAAGAAGAAGAAGAUGAUGGCAAUGAAACGUUUCACUCUGUUCCCGCCCUUGCCGCCAUUGCCGAUCUGAUCAAUGUUAAUUGUUUAAUACAAGCUUGCAAGCGGCCACCUCAAGGCACAGGCCGAAGAAUUUGGAAAUGGUUGUGUGAUUUGUGUUGGCAUUCAGGCAUUCCAAUUCCUGUUGUGUUAUGCUUGUGUUGCCAUGUCUAUAACUGCUUUGUGAUACAAGUGUGA